GUUCCAAAUCAGCCAAAGUGAAAACGAAAGGACAAAUCAGAAAAUCGAAUGGUGGUGAAGUGAGGGAGAAGCUGCUAAAACAAACGAUCAGACUAACAAAACAUGGCUUUGGUAUCAGUGAAGGAGACUCCGGUCUUCGCCGAGGUUGACAUGGGCGACGGCUCCUCCGCCCCCACCGUACGCGCCACCGUCGUCCAAGCCUCCACCAUCUUCUACGACACUCCUGCCACUCUGGACAAGGCUGAGAGGUUGUUGGCCGAAGCAGCUGGGUAUGGGUCGCAGCUGGUUGUGUUUCCUGAAGCAUUUGUUGGGGGCUAUCCGCGUGGCUCCAAUUUCGGAGUUGCCAUUGGGAACAGAACCGACAAGGGCAAAGAAGAGUUCCGGAAGUACCAUGCCGCCGCCAUUGAUGUACCUGGUCCUGAAGUUGACCGAUUGGCAUCAAUGGCUGGAAAAUAUAAGGUGUUCUUGGUAAUGGGUGUGAUAGAGAAAGAAGGGUAUACUCUUUAUUGUACUGUUGUGUUUUUUGAUUCUCAAGGAUGCUACCUAGGCAAGCACCGAAAAAUAAUGCCAACAGCAUUGGAGAGAAUAAUUUGGGGAUUUGGAGAUGGAUCCACAAUUCCUGUGUUUGAUACUCCAAUUGGAAAAAUAGGUGCCGCCAUUUGUUGGGAAAAUAAGAUGCCACUUUUAAGGACAGCAAUGUAUGCUAAAGGCAUUGAAAUAUAUUGUGCUCCUACAGCUGAUUCUAGGGAUCUAUGGCAAGCAUCAAUGACCCAUAUUGCUUUAGAAGGUGGGUGCUUUGUAUUAUCAGCUAACCAAUUCUGUCGAAGGAAAGACUAUCCCCCUCCACCAGAUUAUAUAUUUUCAGGCACAGAAGAGGAGCUUACUCCUGAUUCUGUUGUCUGUGCUGGAGGCAGUGUCAUCAUGUCACCAUCGGGGAGUAUACUUGCUGGGCCAAAUUAUGACGGGGAGGCACUCAUAUCAGCUGAUCUUGAUCUUGGAGAUGUAGCAAGAGCGAAGUUUGAUUUCGAUGUGGUAGGACACUAUGCACGGCCUGAAGUGCUAAGCUUGAUUGUGAGGGACCAUCCAGCAAAGCCAGUUACUUUUACAUCAGCCUCCACAAAGACUGAAGACUUGGAAAAAUCCUAAUUGAAUCAAAAUGUAAGCUUGUUCACUGAUGAUCGUUUGUAGAUAUUUCUGUGCUUUUGUUGUAUCUUUGUUUUAGCCCGGCUAUGUCGUGCUUCUGAAUUUGAUCAAACGUGUAUUGUACUCAUUUAUGGGCUUAUGUACUCGCUUCAUAUUACAAUCAAGUCUAGGUUUGAAA